AUGGGAAAAAUACGAAGGUCAAGGACUCAUAAAGGGAUCAGAGAUCAUUAUCGAAAGACUCGGAACAACGUCAAAGAUUUAGAUCAGGUUCACGAAGAAUUGAGGAGGCUUGAAGAAAAAAUUGACAUUGACGAACAAGGUAGUGGAGGUAACGUAGCGCCAGAUGAAGAUCAAGCAUCGGAUUUGGAGUUGCCUGGAUCCGGAAAGUAUCCUUGCAUUCCCUGCGCGCGAUAUUUCAUAAAUUCCGAUGCACUUAAAGAACAUCAGCGUGGUAAAGUUCACAAAAAACGGAUCAAAUUGUUAAAAGAAGCCCCGUACACUCAAACAGAGGCGGAGGCAGCAGUAGGGGGCAAUUUGUUCGAUCCAAUUCUGUCAAUGAAACCUAUUCGAGAGUUUUUCACAACAUCAAGUUUGAUUUGCCUGUCGAAUGAAAUUCGUGAUUCGUACGCACGUAAAUAUGGUAAUAUUGUUAAUAUCCUGACCGAAACCAAGGCGAAGAUUCGCUCAAAAAAUUGUAAAUGUAUUCCUUCCAGCCAGAUAG